AUGUGCCGUAUGUUGGUGCAGCCCGUUCACUUGGACCGUAAGAUUGAACCGGAUUUCACUGUAGACUUGUUUGUAUUUCUGGAUAUUAGAUUCUUGGGUCCAAAGUAUAGAGUCGUGAUUGAAUUGGUGAUUGAUAAAGAAAAGAAUUGUCUGAUGGUGAAGUCCCUGUCCUCGGUGAAUUCUUGCAACCUCAUGAGAAUUACCGUUCGAGGCCUACACAAAAAGAGAACUAACGUUCCAAUCAGAUAUCUUAUACGCUUUUCCGGGUAUCCUGCAUACAAUGUUCGGUCCCGAGUAUUCUUUGGCCUACCGUUCAGCGGCUUCUACGUGGCAUUGCCUUGGAGGACUCAGAGUGGCCAAUACUUUCCUAGAGAUGGACGACAGAAUAUAUUCCCGUCAUGGUCAUGGGCAGCAACACAAGGCGAGGUUGAGUUGCUGUAUCCUAAAUCUGGAGCCAUCCUUAGAUUGAAAGAUCAUUUUGCUGGGCCAUUGGCCAUGUGGGCGGUUCCAGACGUCGACACUGGGAAGCCCCGGAUCAUUCGAUAUCAGUCUGGAGGGAGUGGUCCAUCUUUUCUAACAAGAUCUAGUACUCUGCUCUCUGCAGUGAUGGCAUACAAAGCUGGAUGUUACCCAGGCGAUCCCCACCCCGAGUUAGAAACCGACCGGACAUGGAAGCAGUAUGAUGAAUUGCUUCACAAACUCUGGCCAUCAUACGAUGACUUUUUCAACGACGCGCUUGUUUUACUCCAUCCCGAUCACGCGCAGCACGAUCUCCUAAUCAAUCAUAUCUCCAAAAGAUUUGAACACAUAGGAAAAGCUGGUAUGGCUUAUAUUUACACCCAGUCUCUACGCGUCCGAGCAGUGUUGUCACAUCAAUCGCGUGGAUACUUCCCUAAUGGAACUAUGGAGCUGCAGACUGAGUUGGGUGAUUCUAUAGGCUGGUUAUUCCCGAGGACAAUAGCCUAUGGGAGGCUCUUUGAUCUUCAAAAUCCGAGCCCCGAGAUUUUCUUCGAUGCUUUGGCUCUUUCGCUUGGGGCUAUUUGUCUUACGGGCUUUGAUGGUCAUGAGGUCAACGAGGUCUGCUGCUAUGACUGUGAAGGGGUGCCCAUGAAGUUCCAAUCUCACUUCAUCGGCUCGGUGGUCGACCUGAUGAUUGUUGACACCAGAGAUGGUGUCAGUACCCGUAUCGCACUCGGGCGAGCCUUUCUACGCAUCUGGGCCAAUGCUUCCCCGAAGUCUCAAAGUUUCAUUCUUGUAUGA